CCGACCCAGAUCAAGAUGAUCAUGUCAACUCCGAAUCUCCUAGCGAUCUUGUUCGCUAUUUCCGCCACCUUCUUCGUCUCAACUCGCUGCAAUGAUGAUCGACCCCGACACGGUGGCGUUGCUCUGUUCAUUUUCGGGGACUCCCUCGCCGAUGCAGGGACCAACAACUACAUAAACGCCUCCUACUUCAAGGCUAACUUUUAUCCCUAUGGAGAAACUUUCUUCCACUAUCCCACCGGAAGAGCCUCUAACGGCCGUCUCAUCGCUGAUUUCAUCGCUGAAUAUGCAAAGCUACCACUCAUUCCGCCAUAUGUGCGACUGCAAGAACAUGGAUUCAUGGGAGGGGUGAAUUUCGCAGGCGGUGGAGCCGGUGCUUUGGUUGAUACUUUUCAAGGACUUGUGGUGAACUUGCACACCCAGCUAAAGCAAAUGGAAGAGCUGGAGAAGAAUUUGAGGAGGGAAGUGGGGAAUGAGAAGGCAAAGAGAAUAGUUUCCGAGGGUGUCUACUUCAUAAGCAUCGGAAGCAAUGACUACGUGGCGAGGGUUGCUGAUAAUUCGACUCUGCUUCAGUCCAUUUCCAUGGAAGAUUACGUGGGAAUGGUGAUCGGAAACAUCACCGCCGUGCUCAAGGGAAUGUACGAAGCAGGAGGGAGAAAAUUUGCAGUGAUGGGAGUAGGGCCACUUGGGUGUGUGCCAGGAAUGAGACCGUCAACCAGAAAUGGUUCUUGCUUAGGUGAAGCCAACAAGCUCGCCAAGGUUCACAACGCCGCUCUUACGUCGAUGCUCGCAAAGCUGGAGACUCAACUGCCAGGAUUCGAGCACUCCUACUUCGACUUCUACACUUCGCUCAGUGAACGAAUCCAAUACCCAUCAAAAUAUGGUUUCAAGGUCGCAAAAACGGCGUGCUGUGGUUCCGGCCCAUACCGCUCGAUCUCGAGCUGCGGAGGUAUGAGAGGCGUGAGAGAAUAUUCACUAUGCCGUCGUCCCGAGAAGUACGUGUUCUUCGACUCCUACCAUCCAAGUGAACGGGUCAACAAACAAUUUGCGCAGUUGAUGUGGAAUGGAAGUCCAAGCGUAACCAGACCCCGUAAUCUGAAAGCAUUGUUCGAAAGUGGGCAUGUUUGA